GGCCCCGAGAAGUUUGUCGGCUGGGUUACAUUAGUGUUUCAAUCACUGUACAUUAGGCACACACACGGCUUCGUGUUGAACCCUCAUACUACUCAGUCAACCGCAAGAUGAAGAAGUCGGGGGAUUUCCUCUCCCUGCUGAACAAUCGCGACCUGCUGAAGACGCCUUCGGGAAGUCCCAUCGUCAACUUCCUGGUGAAGCCGAUGAGUGUAGAGAUGACCACGGCGGACAAGUUGAUAACGAGAGCCAGGCGCCAGCGUUUGAUGGACCUCUUCGAGGAGGAUCGCGCCUGGGAAGCGGCCGAAUUGUCCCGAUUUGGAUUGAGCUGCAUCAAGGCGCCGGAUUGCUAUCCCUGCUGCACUCGGUUCGAGUGCUCCAUGGCUAAGUUUUAGAACACGAAAGUGUCCAAAGGACCCAUAUGUUUAAAUUGAUUAUGUUUAUUUCGGAAUUUUCAGCAUGAAUUAAAUCUUUAAAAUCAUGAAAACAUA